AUGAGCACUAUAUUCAACGGUGAUUCCCAAAUGGAGGUCAUCACUGUGCUCGCCAAUUGCGGGACUGAUACUGACAAGGCUAGGCAAGCUCUUACGAGGUACAUAGCACGAAAGCAAGAGAAAGGACGGCCGACAGAACACAUUUUGAAAAAAUUGCGACAACUGGAAUUGAAAUUCAUCAAUGACAUCACUUUGCAUACCGCUUUCCGAGACGCUAGAGCAACCACGUGUCUUCCACGAUCACCAGAUUUACCCCUGCCUGACUUUGUUCUUCGUGAAACGGCUGCGAGGACCCGCCGGGAGAGUCAUCAGAGCGCAACGGCGGUGCGAGACUUUGCAACUCCAAGUCCUGGCCCCUCCACCCCCCAAAGCUGGUUACAACUGUCUUAUUCGCCCGUUCAACACGUAGACCACGCAAUAUUAGAGGAGGAUCGGCUACAACCCGAGGAGGCUUCAUACAAGGCUUACGAGACUUCGUUGAGGAGACCUUCGCUGCCACCCACCAACGCCCCAGGAAGGUUGCCCGUACUCUCACCGUACGCUUUUCAAAUCGGCUCCAGUUGUUCUCGCUCCUCUACUCUCCCAUCAUCGUCGAUGUCAUCACCACUUACCCAUUCUCCAAAAAAACUCCGAACUUCAUACAAUUCUCCACCUCCGACGUCUCCCCUCCCCGAUCUUCCACUAGAUGCAACCGACGACUAUAAUUCGCAUAUCCCGCGACUGCACCUACCGUCGCCAACCAUUUCUCGGCCUUUUUCGUCUACUUCCAAGAGCUCUUCUAGUUCGCAUUCCAGUUAUCCAAGUCCUCGUACACCGGAGAUUGUUUCACCACUCUAUUCUGGAUUCUCCUCACAAUCAGCUGCGGUCACUCGAGGCGACAUCAGUUAUUCACCACAGAAGGAAGAAAAUUUACCCCAGCAACCCGUCGUUGUGGAACAUUACCCUUCGGAGACGGACAUUCCUAGCAUGUUUUUACGCAGUCGGGAAGGCUCCUUAAACGCAUCCGAGAGCUCAGGGGGUGACUUUCCCAUUCCAUAUCGCGAUUCACCUACACUCCGCGAACGGUCUGCAAGUCAUAAUCAAAACUUCAGUUUUCCACUAGACAAUGCUCUGCGGCUGUGCGCCGCUUCUCCUGUUGUUCGCCGUGGGGUGACCCAGUGCCUCCAACAAGACCAAGGCUACGAGCAACAUAACUGGCCGACAGUCUUGCAGGAAUGUGGUAUAGCCGAAGAUGAUAUUCCAUUCCUUCUGAACGAGAUGGCCCGGGAAGUGGAGUUCCCAGUAUCCAGGGCGUGA